CGUCUUAGCCUCUAGAAUCGAAGCAAGAGAGCGGCGGCCAGUCGGCGAGACUCACUUCAGAGAACGACUCUGUUGUGGGAUUCGAAUGAUUUGCCUGUCGAAGGAUUCUAGGAGUCGCCGGUCGGAGACGAAGUAAUCUUACUUGUGAGCGAUUGCAUUUGGGGAGUUGAGCGACUAUUCAGAGUUGUGAUCGACAAGCAGGUCAUUUACUCGAGCCCCUCUUUUUAUUUUUUGCUCUUCCAUGUUUUCAUUUGUGAAGUUUGUUUGAUUUUGGGCGAAAACAUGAGGACCUACAUCGAUUUCAUGGCUUGUAGCCGUUGCAGCCUUAAACCGCUAAGUCGGGGUUUUAAGGCAAAAGAAACCCAACCUUGUCCAGAGGUUAGAGACGGCGGGACUGUGGCAGGAGACGAAGGGCUGCUCUGAAAUUUCCGAUUCCUCGAAAUAAGAUGGAGCAAUAAGCAAUGUCAAGCAUUCCCCAAAUUGCAGAUAACCGAAAUUUCAAAGCUUUCGUCUUCAAAUUUGAUCUCAAUCAGUAGAGAAUUAGGGAUUUGAUUUUCCAAUUUUGGGUGCGAAAAGGUGGACCAGAAAGAGAAGAUAAGGUCUCUUUGGAGCUGACAGAGGAGAUUCUCCGAAGCAUGGAAGUUGGGCUGGCUUUCAGGGACUACGCCAUGGUGGGUAUUCGUAUCUCUUGGAGCCUCUGUGCUGGUUGGGAUUGAUUACAAAUGGGCACUUGCUCCCCGUUGGUUGUAGCAAGCUCGUUCAAGCUUCCAUGUCGUUGAUCCCCAGAACCACACUCACACUCACACUCCCCAGAACACUCCUCGCCCUUCGAUCCUUCUCCUGCAAAAUGUCAUCCGACCCGCCACCGUUGACUCACUCCCUCACUCUCCCGAGUCAACUCGACGCCGAGCCCGUCCAGAUCGUCGCCGCCCCCCACAUCUCCUCCUCCCAGUUCAGGAGCGCUAUUGAUUCGUCUUUGUUUAAGCAGUGGCUGAAGAACAUGGAGAGUGAAACUGGGAUUCUAAGCGACGGUUCUUUGGCUCUGAAACGAGUUCUAAUUCAGGGUGUGGAUAUGUUUGGAAAGAGGAUUGGGUUUCUGAAGUUUGAAGCAGAUGUGAUUGAUAAAGAAACAGGGGAAAAGGUUCCAGGUAUUGUGUUUGCACGCGGACCGGCUGUAGCUGUGCUUAUACUUUUGGAAUCGGAGGGCAAGGCUUAUGCUGUUCUUACUGAACAGGUUAGAGUACCUGUUGGAAGGAUCAUACUGGAGUUGCCUGCUGGAAUGUUGGAUGAUGACAAGGGUGAUUUUCUCGGCACCGCAAUCCGUGAGGUGGAAGAAGAGACUGGCAUAUGCCUAAAACAAGAAGACUAAUCAACUCUUGUAAUGAUUAUAUUCAGUUUUGUAGCCUUGAGUUACGUCUUCUUAAUUUUUCACAUUUACAGACUAAUCAACUCUUGUAACGAACAAGUAGUAUGUGUUUUAUUCCAACAUUGGUAGGUAAGCUGGAUUUCAGGAUCCUCAUUUCAAGAGCAUUGUUCAAGCAGGACAUAAGUUAGAAGCUGCUAUUUAUCGAUAUUACUGGCAAAGUAGCUCUUGAUUCAUGCUGGUCAACUGGUGGAUUUACCGACUGUUUACUUCAGUAUGGUGCAUUGUUUGUUUAUGGAGUUGAUAUUGGAUAUGGCCAGGUUGCAGAUGAACUUGUAGCAGAGUUUUCUGACCCUAUCAAUGGUGUCACAUCCCCUGAUCAAAUUGACGAGGUGCGCAUUGAAGUGGCUGAUUAUAUACAGAGUUUGAUGUAGGAAUGUGACUGCGAAGAUGUUUUUUGUAGUAAGGCUAGCUAGUUUUGGCUUUGAAGCAAAGCUUGGUGUGGAACUUUUGUACAUUGUUGCUCGUAUGUUUCCAAGCUAGCUUUUGUAAGUUUAGGGGUUUAUUUUGUGAAUUAUGUUGAAUCAUGAAUUUGGAAAGAAAAUUAAUGGGAAAGCCCCUUAUUUUGGAUGAUGAGAAAUGCAAUUUUUU